GAGGAAACCAACUGGUUUGUGUCAAGUCGAGACGGACGGAUGUGACAGACGCAAAAGCACCUGUAUUCUGGCAUUCAUGGUGACACAUCCAUGGGCUCAGAGCGGCUGGAGAUGCGUAAGAGACAGAUGCAGGUUCAUCAGGAAGCAGCUGCCAGUGUCCUCCAAGCACGCCACAGAAUGGGAAACAACCCCACUAACGCCUCCAAUGCCUGCUGCUUCUGCUGGUGCUGCUGCUGUAGCUGCUCCUGUCUGACUGUGAGAAGUGAAGAUGAGACAAUCCAGAGGUUUGAGCGUAGAACAGAUGCAACUAACAACUGUGAGGAAAGUCCCAAGCCCACUCCAGAAGACGCCCGCUCCUGGUCAGUGUCAUUUGAGAAGCUGAUGAAGAGUGCAUCUGGGCGCUCCUGCUUCAGGCAGUAUCUGAGGACAGAGUUUAGUGAGGAGAACAUGAUGUUCUGGCUCGCCUGUGAGGAGCUCAAAAAGGAGACCAACAAGACUGUGGUCGAAGAGAAGGUUCGGCAAAUAUAUGAGGACUUCAUCUCAAUACUAUCCCCAAAAGAGGUCAGCUUGGACUCACGUGUUCGAGACGUUAUAAACCGUAACAUGCUGGAGCCCACCUCGCACACAUUUGAUGACGCACAGCAGCAGAUCUACACACUGAUGCAGAGGGACUCUUACCCACGCUUCAUCAACUCCACAGAGUACACGGACCUCCUUAAGAGCCUGGAGGAGAUGCCCCCAGAGCCAUAGAUCGUCCCUUAUUGCCUCACACUUCACCUGGGAAACUGGGUCUAACCUCCUCCUGCUGGAGUCCUGCUAUUUAAAGAAAGAGGAAAUUAACACUCUUUCAAAGUGGUCUUUGUCAGCUAUAAUUGCUGUUUAUUUACCCAAGAUUAGUUUACCAAAUUUCCAUGGAGCAGACAAGAACAAAAUGCUUGUUCUGGCAUUGGUUACAUGUUGGACAGCAUAUCUAUAUUUUUGUAUAUUCCCUAGCGCUUGACAUUGCACUUUUCUACCUUGUUUAAUGAGAGAGAGCAUGUACUAUCUGUGAGCACUGUAUUUGCAUUCAGGCAUUUUGUGAGCCUUGAUGCUGAUGCAUAUUCAGUUCUUGUAGAAAAUGUUAAUUUUCUUUUAAAAGGUAACCGAAGAAGAGAAAGUGCCUUGGAUUAAGAUCUUCUCCUGCACCUUGAACAUGAGUGGUGCCACUUUGACUUUACCGUUUUGGUGCUUUUAGCUCUUCUCAAAGAUCACUUUUUACUACUGGAGCUGAUCCCCCGAUUUGUAGUAGGUCUUACCUGUGUACUUCA